AUGUCUCUCCAGUCGUCUCUCACCUCUCUUCGAGCUUACCUUCGACCCUCAAUAGCACCGUCAGCUCAUUUGCACCACAUCAGACAUGCAUCACUGAACUCGGCCAUUGGCCGGGGCAUCCGCAGGUCACAAUAUGUCGAUGAUGUACCUCAACGACGCAAUACUGUCCGCGAUGCUCGGGACGACCGGCGCAACAGAAACACAGCCAAGCAUGACAAACGCCCAGAGGCGAGGGGACAGAGGUCUGGAGCUGCAUUUGAUAAGGAAGAAUUUAUCAAGACAGGGAAAUUUCGCGCAUUACCUCGCGCAUAUCAAAGAGAGACACCGGGACGGAAGAAUAAGGACGGUAUGAGGGAGGACCCUGAUUAUGUCGGCGACGAUCAGGACAUCAGGAAUGGGGGUCUCCGCGCAUUAUCCCAGGAAUAUCAGAGCAGGGGCCCGGCUCGCCCGGCUCGCAAAGUCGUUCAUCGGCCCACUGAUGAAUUCCCUGAAGAAGUCAAAAGCCUAGUCCGACCUCCAAGCUCAGUACCUUACACUACGCCUGCAUCGCAGUUUGUUUAUGGAAUUUCCGCAUGUAUGGCUGCAUUACGCUGCAGCCGUCGCCGGAUAUACAAACUCUACAUCUAUCAAUCAGAGGGUCGAGAACUAUCCCCGGAGAAAAAGGCUCUACGAAAACUGGCACUUCUGAAAAACGUGACGGUCAAAAUGGCUUUUGCAAGCUGGGGCCGGUUACUCGACCAGAUGAGUGAUGGUCGACCUCAUCAAGGCUGUAUUCUUGAGGUAUCCCCUUUACCUCGGUUGCCAGUGCAAAACUUCAGGCCCGUUCCAUCUCCGGAGGCGGACAACUUCGGCCUAGAGUUGGGAGCGCAAUCGCGGGAAGAGGCACAGGUAAAUACCACGAACAACACGGUUGACAUCAACAACACCUUUGGAAAGAGAUACCCUGUUGUUAUACUACUCGACGGCAUCGUCGAUCCUGGGAAUCUCGGCGCCAUCAUUCGCUCCGCCUACUACUUGGGAGCUGACGCUAUCGUUUUCGCGGGCCGAAACUCAGCAGAGAUAUCCCCAGUAGUUCUCAAGGCAUCUGCGGGGGCCGCAGAACUUAUGACUCUUCUUCACGUGCGAAACGAAGUCGAUUUCAUUCGACGGUCAAAAGAUAACGGGUGGCGGUUUUACGCCGCUGAUGCCCCCGGCAAGGGAUCUACAUCUACUUAUAUUGACCCUGCCGAGUUUGGGAAUGGUGCCCCUGUCGCCCAGGCACCGAGUGUUAUUAUGAUGGGCAGUGAGGGCACGGGGCUAAGCCCCCAUAUCCUCUCCCAGGCAGAUGCUGUCAUUGGCAUCCCUGGCGCUAAAUUCAGCCCAGAGUUGGGCGCGGAGUCAGAUCCUGCUAGAGUGGACAGCCUCAAUGUUAGCGUUGCGGCUGCUUUGUUGAUGAAUAUGUUCCUUCGGGUGCCGGUUUCAUUGGCCAAGAAGGAGGAUACUAGGGUCUGGUGA